AUGCUGCGCGUUGCUGCGUUCGUCGCGUGCGUCGCGGUCGCUGCGGCCGUGAGUGGUGUGGACGUGUCCCAGAUCACUCUCCCUGCUGCCUGGUCUUGCCUCAAGGAUAACGGCUAUACCUUUGGCAUCGUCCGAUGCUACGAAUCGGUGGGCCAGCCCGACUCCAACUGCCCCCAUACCAUCUACAAUGCCUGGGACUCGGGCUUGGCGCACGUCGAUGUCUACAUGUUUCCCGAUCCCUCGGCCGGCAACCCACAGGCCCAGGUCUCCAGCAUGGUCAACUACCUGGCCCAGUACAGCAUCAAGUCGGGUGGCUCCCCACCUGGUUCCUUUGGUAUGAUCUGGUUUGACAUUGAGGGCACCCAGUACUGGUCCAGCGAUCAACAGUCCAACCGCGACUUUUUCAGCGGCCUCGUCAGCGAGGCCAAGGCUCUCGGCCUGAGCAUUGGCGUCUACACCUCAGAGUCGCAGUGGUCUCCCAUCAUGGGUGACUGGUCUGGAGGCGCCUCUUUCCCCCUCUGGUAUGCUCACUACGACGGCAACCCCUCCUUCAGCGACUUUGCUCCCUUUGGUGGUUGGACCAGGCCCGCCAUCAAGCAGUACAACGGUGACAAGACCAUCUGUGGCGCCGGCGUCGACGUCAACUGGUAUCCUGAUGGCUCAUCCAUCUUUGCCAACCGCACCUACGGCUACCAUGAAACUCGCAAUAUGACUCGCGUGCACUAA